CACAACUUGCUUUUGUACUGAUUAUUCCUGUAAAGUUUGAAUGAAAUUGCGUCGUUUUUGUCGAGUAGUCCGGACAGUUUUCCUGACGGACUGACGUUCUCACAGGACAGUAAUUAUGUGGCUACUCUAUUGUUCUCUCUAUUGUUCUUUUUAGCCACGCAAAAGAAAAUAGCCACAUAAAAGCAUUACGGAAUGAAUGACAUCAAAGAGAAAGAACAGUUACCUAUUGUCCCUCUAGCCACAUAAUUACUCUCCUGUGAGUGCGGGCAGACAGAUGUCCGUGCAAACAUCCAAUGGUAGUCCGUGCAUAAUCUGACUUUAAAAAGGAGGAAAUCACAUAAAUCGACUGGUUAAUGUGGUUAGUCUACUUGUUUACUGGGGAAAGUGCAACAUAAAUAUCCAAGAACUAGCACAUAAACCCCAAAUAACGGACGACGCAGAAGUGAUUCCUAUAUGUCGCCACUACUCUGUCGAGGCGACACAAAAGUGAUUUGGAAAAUAAAAACCGCUUUAAUUUUACUAUAAAACGAAUUAAAAAUCAAGUUCUUAUAAAUGUGUACAUGUAUACACACAAGGGCCUUGAACAUGAUUACUGGUAAUGAAUUUUAUAAUUCAUAACCUUAUUUGAAAAUGUCAUGUUUUAAUAAAUUUGAUCAGCAAUGCGAAAAUCACAUUAGAAAUUGUCACGAAGACAAUGAGAAUUGUAUAGAUUUUAACUCGCAAUGCUGAAGAUGUUUUGGAUGUAUGAGACUAUUGUACACAUAUAUCUUUUACAAAAUAAUAUACUUGACAUUUUUUAUUCCAGUUGUGGCAUAUACAUAGUUCCCAAACAGGAAGCACUAAUCAAAUUACAAUUUGAAUGGAAUUUAAGAUUUACACCGUUCCAUUCUCUACUUAUCCAAGGGUAAAGUAUGCAUCCAAACACUUGGACCCGCUUCUUCGUCGUUACGAUGAGAUCUAUCUACCCUCGAACCAGACCUCGUACAGAGAUUAUACCAACAAACAGGAGUUCAAGCUAUGUCUACAAACCUUGGGCGAUGAUCAAGAUAUUGAUAUCAGAAGUGUAACAAAACAAAAUGAUAUACCUGAUCGCAUUACAGAAAAAUGCGCUAAUGUUAAAGAGCUUGUUCGAAAAGGAUGUCUUCAAAACUCUUUUGUUAUCAUUGUUGCUUCUGAUAUCAAUGAAGACGACAUACCUACAAACAACAACGUUGGGACUAUCUGCCUGGUGACUGACACGAAUGACAGCCAUGCGGAUUGGUAUCAAGGAACGCUUUGUGUUUCCAAAGGAAAACUUUACGAAAGUGUCAGCGCAAUGAUUGAAUUGAUUUUAUACAAAGCAUCAGGAAUGAAAAGCAAAUGUCAAUAUCUGCUGCAAGAUUUGAAUACAAUUUUUGAAAAACAACAGACAGAGUCAUUGCCACAACGAUCGAAGUCAGUAGAAGACAUAAUAUCAGGAGCAGAAGAAUACGUGCCCAAGCGAACUAGCUCAGCUAAAGAGAGGAAUAUAUUUGAGACAAUUCAGCUAAAAGAGCGCCUCUCUGAAGAAAUGCUUGGCAUGUUUAGCCGAAGUUUAAUCCCAGAUGAUGAAAGACCACUUGUUACAGACAAACGCAUUACUAAACAGUUGAAGGAAGAUCUUAAAAACAAAAGUUCAUCAAUAAGAAGUUGCGGAUACCGCGGUUGCACUUUAAUCAUUUUUGUUGAUGUAGAUUGCGAUCCGCAGAAUCUAAAAUUUUCGCUGAAACACCUGCUGAAGAAACACAAAAUCGCAUCAUUUUCUGUAGAGCCGUUGAAUAUCAAAGAAUUUUGUAAGGUUGGAUCAGAAACUGAGGCAGUUUUUGAUGAUGACGAAACCAGAAAGUGUGGAACAUUAGGUGGAUUUGGUUAUGCUAAAUCAUGCAGUGGCAAUGAAAGUAAAACGAUCGGGUUAGUGUCUCGACAUGUCGUUACCAUUGGUGACAGUCCUGCAACCUGUGCAUUUAUCCAUUCUGAAGGGAAAAAAACAGGAGCAUCUGUUGAUAUUGAUAAAUCAUUUGGUGAUAAUCACGAAAAUGUCUUAGAUAUUGCAGCAAUUUCCUUCAAGGAGGACAAAUCGAAAUUCGACACAACAUAUAAAACAUCAGAUGACAAAAGUGCGAAAGGCGUUUUAACUACGUACACCACGGAACAAAUGAAGGGGCUUCCUGUUCAAAUAUGUGGAGCGUGCACACCAUUAGGACGUGGAACUGUAACAAUGCCAAAGAUUGAAGGUGUAAGAGAUAGAUGUAUGGAUGAAAAUUUUAUUUUUGUCGAAGAUGACAUCACUGAAGGAAAGGAAAAUGAGGUUUUCUGUAAAGAACGUGAUAGUGGCGCAAUAGUUUGUACAGACGAUCAAGAUAAUCCAGAUAAGGUACAGUUAAUUUCAAUGGUAAUUGGGGAGAGCAUAAAAAAGAAAGGCUCAUAUGCAACACUAAAACUAAAAGAAGGAAUCAACCAAGUUGAAGAAGAAACCAAUUCUACCAUUAAACUUUUGUAACUAAUCAUCAGCAUCAUAACUUAUAUUAAUAGAAAACAUAUAGAGGAUAUUGAAUGAAUGUACGUUUAAUACUAAAUUUAUUGAACGAUUUUUAUUCAACGACUUCAAUAGAUUUAGUAUUGAAUCUUCACGAAUAUAAUAUUCUAUUUAACACAUAUAUAAAAUAAAAACGGCAAAAUGUUAAAAAGAGCCAUUUUUUAUUUAACAAAAUAUGAUUUUUUUUCAAAACGGCUUAUAUUAAGUUUUUUGAUAUAUAAGAUCAGAACAUGUGCUGGGAUUGACAAAUAUACAUUUUAUUUGGAUUUUAAAGAAGUGUGUAUAUUAUUAUAGACGUUGAAAUAUGAUUUUUUUUCAAAACGGCUUAUUUUAAGUUUUUUUUAUAUAUAUAUGAUCAGUUUAUGUGCUGGGAUUGACAAUUAUACAUUUUAUUUGGAUUUUAAAAGCGUUUUCAUGUCCCCAUCCCAAGUGUGUGUGGAUUGUUUGAUUACAGAAAUAUUAGAUAAUGAUGCUUAUUUCUUGUUUUAGAAUUUUGAUAUAGAAAAUAUGAGAGAAUGGUGUUUAUUGUUUGAUUUUUUUACGAAACUUGUUCAUUUUUAUGUUUUUUGGUAAAAUUUGAUUAUUAAGAAUCAUGAAUGUAAUGGAAUAUAGCGACCACGGUCCUUGAUUGUAAAAUUUAACACAAUCAAUACUUCAUUCCUUGGUAUUUAAAAAAUCCUUUGUUCAGAAAUGAUGGUGGACUUCACGGGAACCUGCUGGUACAUAUUUCACCUGCAUUUUACGUUCCCAUUUUAAUUACAGCUUUCCUAAUUCGAACAUUUCAUAAUCUCCAUGAGUACAUUACUUUCGAACUAGUACAAAUAAAAUGCAUCAGAUUUUAUGCCUUUAAGAUUCGUUUUAUGAUAUUGAACACAAAAAUAUUAACUUAAAGGUAUUUGGUUUUUACCUGUUUAGAUGUUUUAUUCUUAUUUUUAUGUUGUUGUUUUUAUUUUGUUAAUUUCUUAUUCUUUAUGCGUUGUUCUUGUCGAUAUUUUACUUGUUGUUGAUAAGUUUUUUGGCUCCAAUUAUUAUUGUCCAGAAUGAUAUUUCUAUAAUUUUUUUUACAAAAACUUUAUUUUUGUGAUUCCAUCAUUUUGUUAUUCAAGUAUGUAAUGUUCGAUUUUUUAUUUUGUUUAUAUAUAUUUUACACAUUUUGAAAUUGGUUUAGAUCUUACAUACCACCUGAAUUUGUUCAAAUUCAAAUUUCUUUAUUCACUUCAGACAUGAACAAACUAUGACAUUAUAAGGUGAAAUGAUACAUGUAUAGAGAGAUUCGAUGCAUCAGUAAUAGAGUAUUUUAGACAUAAUAUUGCAUAACACCGAAUAGCCAAUUUACAUUUUAUCGUUGUCUUCAUUUACGAAGACUUUAUAUGUGUAUAUUAUAAUUUGAUACUUGGUAUAUUAACAACUUAUACCAGUAACACCAAAACUUGUGAAAACAAAUAUCACCUCGAUGAGUAGGUUAUCAAUGGUCCUAGAGCGAACGACCCCCUUCCUCUAAUCGUGUGUUCGAAAGCUUUUACAUGAUUGUAUGAACGAAGAAUCAGUUACCACCCACGGCAAAGACCAUGGUUUCUCUGAAUAAUUUCAGUGGAAAAAUAGAUUAUAUGAGAGACAACUUGUCGAUAAACUCCGUGAAUCGCUAUUGUAUAUUUCAAACUAGUUUGGUUGUACUUGACUAACUAUAUUAAAUUGCUUUCUUGUUUUAUUCUGGAACACACUUCUUUUGCUGAUGUAUAUAUAAACAUAAUAUGUAAUAGGUCAUCGAUAUUUAAUAGUUGUCUUCAUUAAUAAAGACUUCAGACUUUCACGUGUACAUUAAAAGUUGCUCAAGAUAACAGUGCAAACAAAUAUUUUUUAGUCUAACGUUAAAAUUUAUCAUUUUAGGUUAUUUGUUAUUUUUUUAAUAUAUACAAUUCUAAUGUAAAUAAUAUUGCAUAUUAAUUAAGAGGUGGAAUAAUAUUAAUUAUAUCCCUUUUACGGGGAAGCGAGUUUUAAUCUGCUAAAACUGUGAUACCUACAUUGAAUACCUCACGCUCAUGUUUCGUACUUGCCUGUGUUUUUUAUGAAAUAUUUGGUAUAUAAAAACCCCGUACAGGAUAAAACUUUAAACAAGUACAUCAAAACUUGUGAAAACUUAAAGCAUUUCUUUGGGGUUUUUUUAACAGGACAGUAUUUUUUUUUUAUCUCAAAUCAAUACAUAGACAUAUGAGAGUACGAAAUAAAUGCGAAAUAUAAAAUGGUUUGUGAUGUGUGCAGCGAUAUUUUUAGUCAAUUAAAAUGUUCUAUUUUGUUUUAUUUGUUGAUAAUCAAUGUUCAUAUAGUGAUUAACGAUCUCAAUAUUUUAUUCAUCAUUUUUUUAUUUAUAAAGCUAUUGAUUACAUGUAUAUAUGUAUGUCAUCAGUAUGAACAACAACGUUAUAUUCACAUUUUCAUUAUUAAAGUCGUAUGUAAAACAAACAAACGAAAGUAAAUUGUAACGACAAAUUGAUAAAUCAACAUAUAAUCGAUUUGUAUUAUUUUAAUUUUUGAAAGGAUUUAGUUAAAUAACAAAUCAAGAAAAGUACAGAGUUGGGGUUUACUUCCAUUUGCAAAUUCAAACAUUUGCAUCGUUUAUGGACCAUUAUGUAGACAAUUACACAACUUUUCUCCAAGCAUUAGACCAGACCUCUCACAAUGCGCACAACAGACUGGAAUACUGUUGAUGCUUCCAGCAUAUGUUUUGUUUGCUCCCUUUAAACAUGGUUCACAUUGCGGUCCUUUUCAGCAGUCACCUUUUAUU